CUUUCUACCUCCACAAGAUGGCGGUACAUUAACCGGAAGCAUCAUGGGUUGUGGGGGCAGGUGACGUCCUGAGGAAGAUGCCAUUUCCGGUUUAUUUUGUUUCGUGUAAUGGAGGAGUUUACGAGGUUGUCGCAGACUGGGGUGAGACCGAAACUGUUAUGUACGAAAAACCAAGUGGGGGGUGGUGCUGAUGUUGCCUUCGCGGACCUUGAACGAGUGGUCAAUGGUUGGACGCUCGAGUUUAACUUGCACUGCGCGAUCAAAGCAUUCCGAGCUGGGCAACAUGAGGAGUUUUGCGCCAUCCUGAAUGUGAUAACAGCUAUUUUAAAUCGACCAUACAUUGACACAGAUGAGAUUGGAAAGAAACUUCUAACAAUACAAUUUCUAUCCAAAUUUGAGAAUGAUGCCACACCACUGGAAUCUGUUUUAAAAAUUCUGGAUCAGUUGAAGGCAGAGUUCUCGAUUGGUGAGGAUUUGUUCCAAGAGGUCAGAGGAGCUGUGGUGGAGCAGGCUGCAGUUGAAUCCAUUAAGAAUAACUGUUUUCUGGAAGCUUCUAAGAUUUUGGAACGGCAUUUCAAAAAGGGCAGCAUUGAUGAGAAAUUGCUUUCAGCAAUUAGAGAGAAGAAUUCAUCCCAUCGUGAUUUGCAUUUAUUUUCAUACAGCAACUUGAAAGGGAAGAUGCUGCUCUUUGCAGAAAGCUUAAUCGGCAACUCUGAACCAUUUCUUCUUCUCAGUGCAAAAACCUCUAUAUCAAGAUCAUCAGAAGUCCAAGAUGAGGAAUUAAGAAUGGACUGUAGUCAAGAGGUGCAUCAGGAGAGGCAGGCUUCAGAAUGGAAUAAAUCCUCAUCAAAUCCAAUAGAUAAAUGUUAUGUUUGUUCUAAUAGGUGAUUGGAACAUUUUGUUCAAUUUGAGCUAUAUUAUCAAAAUUGCUGAAGUAUCAAUGGUUUCAAAAAAUCUAUAGCCACGUAUUCAUUUGGUGAAAUAAACAGGAGUCCAUUUUAAGCUUCACACUUCAGUAGAUAUUCACUCUUUCUGUCCAUUGAGAAAAUUAACUUCCCGUUUAAUGCUCUCUGCAUUUUACUUAGCUAUUCUGUAUUAAAAUACGUUGAAAUUAGAUUUCAAGAUAUAUACAU